CUUCGAAGAGAAAUCCAACGAAAUGUGCAUCUUGGCAUACGCAUACCUGACAGCGUUGCUGCUGCUGCUCUUUCUGCCCCACGGGCUGGGCAGUGGCAAUUAUUGCAAGCUGUCCGACUGCGGGGAAAAUAAUCUGGCCUGCGACAACAAUGGCAAAUUCAACGCAAAAUGCAUGCCGAAUACGAGGGUCAUACCCAUGACAGUGUACCGCAGUUCGCUGCUGAGUGUGCUCAACGAGUUCCGCAACAGUGUGGCCAGCGGGCAGGGGAAGCUGCGGCCAGCUGCCCGCAUGGCCAGAAUGAGCUGGUCCAGGGAGCUGGAGCACAUGGCCAAGCUGUCGGCCAUCUCCUGCAGCAUGCUGAAGUACUGCUUGAGCACGGAGAAUUUCUAUUACGUCGGCUCCAUCUUCGAUGCGUUCAAGUACUCGGGCAGGCUGGACGAAUACGAGGACUACGAAAUAAUACUGAAUAUGGUGACAGACUGGACCAAGAGACUGGCGGAUAUCUCACUGGGGAUGGUCAUCUACAUGCCGGACGAUAUUGGAGACAUGAGAAUCAUCAAUGCUGCUCUACUCAUUUCGGAGGCUAACACCCAUGUGGGCUGCACGGCCAUGCGCUUCCCCUUCAGCGGCUUCCAUCAUUUCGUGUUCGUGUGCGCCUUCAGCACGGAUGUCUUCGUGCAGCGCAGCCUCUACAAGCUGACCGGCAAGGCGGGCAGUGCCUGCAAGCGUCGCGACUCCAAAUAUCCAGCGCUGUGUGCGCCCGGCGAGAGAUACCACAACGACAGGAGGAUACCCAAUGCCACGCUGCUGGUGCCGACCAGCGAUGCCAAAAGGCAACGCAAUCCGGAACUGGCAACUUUCUACAAUUACCAUGUCUACAAUUACGGCGAGAGCCAGCGUUCUUUAAGUAGUAUUCCGAUUUAAACUAGAAAUAAAUGCUGAACUGCAGAGUUUCGGGGCGUCUGCCUGCUGGCUAGACAAAGGGCCACGCCCCAAAAACGAGUGGAACAUUGCCCAAUAAAAUCAGUGCACAAAAACAAAUAGUU